AUGCCUAAUGUCUCGAGGUGUUUGCAUGCUUCAGAUUGUCAUUUCAGCCCUACUCAAGUGUUGUUUGUACUUCUCCUCAUUUCCUCGUGCCUAUUUGGGAACGUGGCAACCAUCAGUUGUGCCGAAGUUUGUCGGCAUCAGCUACGCCAGCUCUUCGAACCAGAAGACAGUCUGGAGCAUGACCGGACAGUCGACGAAGAGGCCAAGCUGGAAGAGCAUCAGCUGCCGUCCAAUUCGAGGAAGCAACGUCCCGACGGAGCGACAAAAUCCGCCUCGACCGGUACCUUCCCGGCCGGCCUCGGGUUCCCAGUCUUGCUUCAAACUGAGGCAAAAGCCGCGCCAAACAUGCACAGGAGGGCAUUUGCGGACGGUCGCAGACAAGCCGGCACCGCUGCCGCGGCGACCUGCCCCGUUUGGCUCUUCGCCUCGAGACCAAGACCACUUCGGGCGCGAAGCGGAGGUCGAGCCAACUUCGUUGCUGGUGGCAGAAGUGUUCCCACCGGCGGUACACGAUUGGCCGGACAGACUCGGGCCGCAUUCACUCGACGGGAUCAUGCGCUGACGGCCUCGAUCCUUCACCGAUUGACCGGAAGAGUUCGUCUGACCAACACACUUUUGGCCGCGGUACAGGUUGCGGGAGACCUGCUGGAGGGGCUGAAGAUGGUAAGCCUUCCGCUGGGGCUGGUACUGGAAAGAGGUCUAUUGCAAUCGUCACGUUUCUGCUUGUAG